GAGGGGCAGAAUUUUAACGAAUGAAGUUUUUCCCUUUUCUUUUUGGGGCUUUUUCAAACCGGUGGCGCCCGACCCCUUUGCACGGCCGCCACAAUCCGGUUCAGAAGCGAACACGCUUUCCUUCUUCUUCCUCAUUCUCCCCAUUUCCUGCCCCUUAAUUUUGCUGCAUCCCUUCCCCGCCUUUUGUGAAUCCGAGGCCUGCUGGACAGCGAGCGAUUGCGCGCGGCCGCUCUCCCUCCUUCCCUCCCUUUUACGCGCGCGCUCCAGUCUUCCCGAGCCUGCCUGGGCUGCGCGCAGACCUUUUCGGGGAGACCGAGAGAGAGCGCGUGCGCGUCAGUACGUGUGCGCGCGUCAGUAGCCCUCGGAACGUCUGGCCCGCUCAGAGCGCGCUCCCUCCUCCUCUUCGCGAGCGCGCACGCUACUUCUUCCUCCGCUGACUCUCCGCUCCCCCGCUGCGCUCUUGUCGGUGGUGCUGCCGCUCGCCCGCCGGCUCUCUCUCUCUCUGUCUCGUGCCCUGGCCGGUGCCUCCGUCGGCGAAGGCCGUGGAAGCUGCGCAGGCCCGGCCCUCCCACCAACCCGCCCGGAGGCGACGGCGGCCUCGGCAGGAGAAUCCUGUUCUGGAAUCUGAAGCCUGAAAUUUUAGGAUCCCACCUCUAGAAUCUAGCUUGGCUGUUUCAUAAGGACGGAUUUGUUAAGGUUAGCUCAGCAUGGGAGAUCAGAGGCAACGUUCACUGUCUACAUCUGGGGAAUCAUUGUACCACGUUCUAGGACUGGACAAGAAUGCCACCUCAGAUGAUAUUAAGAAGUCCUACAGGAAACUUGCAUUAAAAUAUCAUCCUGAUAAGAAUCCAGAUAAUCCAGAAGCUGCAGAUAAGUUUAAAGAGAUCAACAAUGCACAUGCAAUAUUGACUGAUGCUACAAAACGAAAUAUUUAUGAUAAAUAUGGCUCCUUGGGUCUGUAUGUAGCAGAGCAGUUUGGAGAAGAGAAUGUGAACACGUACUUUGUGCUAUCCAGCUGGUGGGCAAAGGCGCUGUUUGUGUUCUGUGGGCUCAUCACAGGCUGCUACUGCUGCUGCUGUCUCUGCUGUUGCUGUAACUGUUGCUGUGGAAAGUGUAAACCGAAACCCCCUGAAGGUGAAGAGCAGGAAUACUAUGUCUCCCCUGAAGACUUGGAGGCACAGCUACAGUCAGAUGAGAGGGAGGCCUCAGAUACACCGAUUGUGAUCCAGCCAGCCGCAGCCUCAGAGACGACCCAGCUCACGGCAGACUCCCACCCCAGCUACCAUACCGAUGGAUUUAACUAAGUUAAGGAAGCACUGUUAACUAGAGUGGAUAAGAAUAAAUAAUAUGGCCAAUCCAGCACUAGAAUCAUGGACAUUAGAAAUAGAGUACAGGAAAGGGAGACGUCCUGCCACACCUAGAGGGCAGCCUCCAACCUGCUGAGAAUAUUUUGUAAUCCCUUUGCCUUCUGUCACCUUCAGUGUCGUAUCUUGAUGAUACAUGGAAGUACUGUAGCAUGCAGUAUUUAAAAGCAGUUUAGCUUUGGUCUUAUUUUGUUCCCUUUUUUAAAAAAAAAUAGCAUGUGUGGAGUUUACGUUAUAAAUGUCUUUGUGUCGUAAUGUAUUGAGGAGUUAUUGCGACGAGUGUGAUGGAUGCAUUCUGCAUUUUAAGCAGUGAUACCAGCCAAAAGCAAUGAGCAUUUUUUCAGAGAGAAUUUAAAUCUGCCACAGAAGCCACCACACUUCCAUACAGUUGAGUUACGGACAUCACCUGAAGGCUACUAUUGAUCAUUCCCUGGAUAGCAACUAAAAUUUCCAAUAUAUUUUACCCAUCGCUUUGCUGCUCCUUUCCCCCAUGACUCAAGAACUUACCUUGAGAAAUGCUGAUGUUGUGAGGAAGGGAUUUUUUAAAAAUCUUGCUUGCACAUCUGUUUCUUCUUCUGAGUGUCAGUUGCUGAAUAUUUAAGACAUCCUUGUGCAGGAGAGGGCCAAAAUGUGGGUUUUGCUACAAAACCAGACGUUACUUGAAUUAUAUCUGCAUUUUAAAUUAAACUGCACACUAGUUUUGUUUGAGUUUAAUCAUUCCCCUGAACUAUUUAUAAUCAAUUAUUGCCAUUUUUUUGCUUGUGCAUGAACAUGGAAAACAGAAAGUUAUGUAUGUUCUCAUUGUCUAGCUUGAAUGAAGUCGAAGCAAAUAAAUUGUAAAGAGCAAAUUUUAGAUUACUGUUGUUUGAAUAUCCAUUGUUUUGACAUCUUUGCAAGCAGCUCUUAAAAAAGAGAACUAAGGGUCACUUUACACAUUAUAUAUUUUAGGUGUACACCUAAGAUUACUUUUUAAAUAUCUCUAGCAUAAAUGCUGCACUUAUGGAUACGCUCAUCAGGGGACUGGGAUUGGCUGUGGCUCCCUUUUGGGUGUACAUUGGGUGGUAUGCUUAAGUUUGCUGCUCUGUGAUGUAGGAAACAGAUCUAAGCUGACUGUAGUUUAGCAGAACAGAACACUGAGCUUUGGAGCUGAGAUAGCCAAAUCUUAUAUCUGUUGCUGGAUUCGUAUGGCUGCCUAGGACAGGUUUGAUCAUUUCUCAGCCUCUGUCCUCCCUUUUUAAAAUGGGAUCAACAACCCUGAACUGCGUUAACCAUUGUGCAAUGCUUUACAUAUUUGGUGCAUUGUGUGAUUGAUUAGUUAGUAUUUGCUAAGGGUUGUCGAAGAACAAACCACUUCUGUUUCCUUGUAUCUUACCUAGUGAAAUGUUUUGCACAUGUUCUUUUUUUAGAUGUGUAUUUCAGUUGGGCUCUCCACCCUCCUCCUCCUCCUUUCUUCCCUCCAAUGAUAACUUUGUAGUGAACACUCUGGAAGGUUUUUCCUGUCUGUGAUGGGGAAAAAAAUGAAUGGAGAAAAAUUAUGAAUGGAAAUUUGGUGUGUGUGUGUGAAUGAGUGAAUGAGUGAAUGAAUGAAUGAAUGAAUGCCAGUGGGCAUCAUGAGUCUUAGAAAUUACAGCAAUGUAUAUUCUCUACUUUUGUGCUAGUGUCUUCUGAAGUGAGAUUGAACAAACGUUACACCCAAGACAUGAGACGGACAUUUUUAGCCUUUGGGCUGUUGCUGCUUUGAGUUUCAGAGCUCAGAGCGCUCUUCCCUCUGUCCCUUCUUUCUCCUCACCCCAUAUUUGACCCUCCUCUCACUCUUCUCUGGAAGUAAUUGAGGCUGGAUCUCAGCAUGCUGAGGUGGUGGAAUGGAUUGUACCAUUUCAGAUUGGGGGUGAGAGAUACCAAAUGGAAUGUUCCCGGUGUGAGUGGAGAAAAACCAAAGUUACUGCAAAGAGAAAACUAGCACAUCAGAGAGAGUUGGGAGGGUCUAGUUGAGCCCUUUACCUGUUGUGCAGGAAGCUUUGGGGAGCAUUGGAAAAAUGCCUUCCCAUGUCUGCAAUCUGAAAUGGUACAGUUGGCUCUACCACCACCUCAUUCUGCAGAUUGUGUGGGAUGAGGCCUGGCUUCCUGACUUCAUUCUACAUUCCUUUUUGGGUCCUUUCCCUCAGGCUGCCUGGGUUUCCUUUGCAGGGCUCCAUAUUAUCACCCCUGAACUAAAACAUGUAUAAAAGGGAAGAACUUUGAAAGCUUGUUAAACACGUGGACCAAAACUGUCUUUGGAGACCUGAGCUAGCUCUUUCUUUCCUCCUGCCCCCAACCCAUAAAGGUUGCAUGUAUACAACCUUUUGCAUGCAUACUGGGCCAGGCAGGAGGGCAGUUCUUCACAUUUGGAUGAGAGUGUGCUAAUACAAUAUUAACACUGUCAUUUUGAUACUACACAGUUUUUAGCUAAGUAUUCUGGACAGCAUAGUCCUUUAAUGUUCCUUGCAUCUACCUGCGUGAUUCAAAGUUAACAUCUUUCAGAUUUGUAUCUAUCUUUAUGCAAAAUAAGGCUUAUCACACAAUCCUAACGCCCGUCACUAGAUUUUACUUAAUAUCCCCCACCCCAGGAAAAAAAAGGAGUUCCAUUUCUGGACUUGCAAGCCUUGGCUAUCCUUUUGAGGUUUAAUGUGGAUAGUUUAUAAAAGGAGGCAGAGUUCCUUGCCUAAAAAUAAAGUAUGAUAUCAACUGUGCUCCUCUUGCCAGGUUUUAGUCUUGAUUUUAACAUAACUAAAAUUGACCAAGUGGGAUUAAUGUGAUGACCUAACAGUGUUAGGACUCCAGGCAAAACAUCUGAUGAAGAACUUGGGCCAUGAUAGGCAUUAAACUGGAUUUUAUAAAGGUAUAAAUCCCUAAUCAGUUUGCUGCCAGUGGAAACAAACUGUUUUAAUCUCUAGCAUAGGUAAUUGGCUUAGAAAUCUGUUUUUAUACAGUUUCGGGACACUUCCUUCUUCUCAAUCUUGCAGUAUCGAUGUUUGUAUUCAUUUAAAGCAAAUCAGUAGAUUAAUUGUUUUGCUGUUGGGUAAUUGUUUCGUAAUCAUUCCAGUAGUUCUUUUGGGUAAAGAUAUAAUGAAGUUUCUGUGUGUAACAUUGGAAAGCUUUCUUUCUUAUGACAUUCUGUUCUUUGCAUCCCAUUGAAGCUUGUUCUCAAUAAUCAAUAACUGAUUGGAUAAAAUGCCAGGAAGAAGGAGCUUGACAUAGUCUUAAAUACAAUCUCGGCUCCUAGUUUUGUGAUGCUGGACAUGGGAAAGUGGGGCUCUUUUGAAAUCUGCAUGCUGUUUGAUAGAAAGAAAAGCAUUCGAUAAAGCCACGAUUCUGAUAUCUAAUAACUGUAUGUUCAGCUGGAGACAAAGUUAUCAGAAACCUUUUGGCUUGAGAGGAGUUUCAUUUUCCAUAGUGUGUGUAUAUACUUAAUUCUCCCUGCCUCUGGUCAAACAGGAUUUACGGGUUUUUGAAACCAUACCAAAGCCAUUUUACAAAAGGCAAGAGUGGGGUUGAGUAUACAUGUUGCUGAAGGUGACCCUUCUUUCAAACUGUGUUUAAAUCUCUGGGGGGAAACCCACAUUCAUCUAUCUCCAGCCUUGCUUAUCCAGUGUACUGGCUAAUCCCCCUUUGUCUCAGUGAUCAGCAAGAUCUGAGUUUUAAGACAGGAUUUUUUCUUCAGACCUCUACAUGACCUUACUUUGUUUUACAAACCCAUGUUAUGUUGCUAAAAGACUUGCAACAGUUUAUUAUCCUUCAGUCCUGUUUAGCUGUGUCAGAAUCAAUGGGUGCUGGUGCUGCCAAUUUAAAUGAGUGCCACAUGGUUUUGUGAUGGGCAUAAAUAAUGUACAAAGCUGCCUCAAACGCAGAAGCACCUGCUUCACCUUGUGCUGUAGCCAAAUUGCAUCCUAGCUCUGGCUGUUUGGCUAAAUUCAACUUUCCGGGACUUAAAUGUGUGAGUUGCAGCGCAUCUCCCCACUAAACUUAACAUUGCUUUUUCAUUUGGAGCUCGUGACAAUGGAGGGAAGGGCGUAAAAUGGGGAAUGAACUUGUUUAAAGUCCCUGGACACUAGCUUACAUGCAGAAUGCUUGGGGCCAAUGUGUAUGAACUGCCAUAGCAUCAUUCUGUGCUUAAAUGUGUUGCCAGCAAAUUAAAUUUGUGGUUCCAUUUUUCUUUAAAUGAUGCUGGCUUUCCCAUGCAUUUUCAAUUUGGCUCAUCUUGCUCACAGAUUGCAUUCAGGGAGCUGGCUGUGUUAGCAGCUGCAGUCUUAACCUCUGUGCAUACUGCCCAAUCUUCAAACCACUUGUGCUAAGUCAGGGAGGAUCUGUACAACUUCUUGUGGUACAGAGAGCUUUGGGGACUGCAGUUAUGGUUACCUGGGAGUCACAAUUUGAGGGUAAUGCAACCUGAGGAAGAUUGGUAGCUUGCUAGUUGGACUUCUAGGCUUCAUAUUAAAUCAUAUUAAAUCAUCCUGAACCACAGGCCUGCAUCUGGAAAGCUGCCUUCAGCAUUGAUUCUACAUCCCUUUCCCAACACAGAAAGGCUCUCCCUUGUCUGAAAAUUUGUCAUGGAUGUGCUGAUUAGAUAGAACUGCCAUAGAAAAAAGGCACAUCUUUCUCAGAGCUCCUGAGAAUUGGGUGUUAUAUUUUCAGACACCAAAGUGCAAAAACACUGAUGUGUUCAGGAAAACUAUUGCUUGGGAAACAGGUCUUGAUUUAUAUAUUUCAUUCCAGAUGAGCUCCAGAUCCCCUCUGCAGCAGCUGCUGUUGAAGUGACUGUGAGCUCGUCUUCCUUGUGAUGUGAAACCUUUCUCCUUCUCCCUUUACCCAUCGAAAACAAAAAUAAAAAGCUGGUGGUUUAGUACAAUGAGCAAUGCAGUCAUCUUUAGCAGAGAGAGCUCAGGGUCAUUGCACCUACAAAUGUGAAAUACAUUUAAUGUGCAGUGCAUGUAUGAAUUUACUGGGUUUUUUUACCUGUGUGUUCAUUGAUGCGUUUAGACACACAUACACACACUCUUAUGCAAACAUCCUAGUAGCAUUUGUGGGUAGAUUUCUACCAUUUCUGCUGUUUCAGAGAGCCUUUUCUGUUAGUAACUUUUUUCAAAAACUACUUUGUUUAGGUAACAGCAUUCACAGUGGUCAAUAAAAUGUGACUUCACUAUGCAGUAACCUAUCAUGAGAGUCCCUCAAGAACUUAUUCAAAGGGAAGAUUUUCACAUGAUGCUGUCAAGGAGAGGCUUGGUGAUGCAGCAGUUGUUUGGUGGAAGGUCUGCAGUUUGAUAAGCAUCUCUUCUGACUGGUCUCAUUACAUUACAGGUAGAACUAGGAACUCUGUCCUGGUUCUACAACCCGCCUGCAGCAAUCAUGUUUCCUGCAUGUAUUCUAGUAUUUCCCAUAGCAAACGCAUCAAGAAUGAACAAGAGAGGCGUGUCCUUAAUUGCCCGUGAAUGCAUGUCUUGUAGGACUCCUAAAGAGGAGAGAGGGAAGACAGCAAAAUCUAAGAGGCAAAGAGUUGUUCCUGGGAUAGUUGUGAUGCGGUUGAAGUGGGGAAAAGGUGGUUUCUAAAAUAAUCAGGUUGCCAAUAGCUAGCAGCAUGGUUAGAAAUAAAUCUCUAAUCUAUUUCUAGAGGCAAGUGUAUUUGAUAAUAAAGGACAUAACGUGGGGAAUUGUAAGAUUUGUGCUAAAUUGCUGUGGUUCUUUUCUGGUAGUGAUUCAGCUUUUAUGUUUAAGGAGAUGAAUAAAUGUGAUUCUUUAAAGACCCCAAAACUGGACAUUGCAGAGGCAGCCUCCCUCCCCCCCCCCACAUCCUCACUAGAUGAAGAAGGCAAGCUCCUCCCUUCCUCCUGGGGACCCUUGCAGUCUUCACAUUCUCUUCCCCCUCUAUUCAGUUGCCUAAUUAUAUCUAAUAUGUAGCCCAAAAAUAACACUUGGUAUUUAUUUGUUUUGCAUUUUGCUGGAGGCAAUCAACACAAAUUAUUUAAUUGUAUAGUGCAAGGCAUGCAUUUUUGAGGCAACUUUUUUUUGUACGUCUGUGUGUUGUAUGUCCAUGGGUGUGUGCGUGUAUAUAUGAAAUGAGCCUGGAAAUUGCCAAGCUGCAAGAGCUGUAAACAUUGCAUUUUCCACAUCAGGCGGGUGUGUUCUGUCGUUUAGCUGCUGCUGUUCCGUUAAUUCUUGUAUCAUCCCCUCUCCCUGCUAUGCUGAAGAACUAGGGGUUGGGUAUGUUUUGUUUUAAGUAGCAAUCAUUGUAUUUCAGACAGCUCUUCUUGCAUAUGAGUAUCAAGUUAGGAUGAACUGAGACAUCGCUCAGUCAUGGCUUUUUUUCCGCAGCUGCCGUUCCUUUCAAUGAAGGUUACAAGUCCCCACUGAAAUGAACCAUAGUCCCAUAACAACAAAGUUUGGUAGAUUCCAUCAUUUGCUUAACAGGUGAUUUUUACUAGAUUUAUUGUAGCCUCUCCUGAAGUCUGUGUGACCUGAAGAUGUAUCAAGAGUCUCAUUUUGCACUUGUACUUGCUGGAGAAGGAGGAAAUCCUAAUGUUUUUUAUUUUAAAAAAUGUUAGUUGUAAAGAACAAUCAACGUAUAAAUGCAUUUGAAAAGCAAUUAUAUAUAUAUAUAUAUACAUACAUAGAAAAUAUAUAUAUUUUGUUAUGUUACUUAAAGGAUCAUCCUUUAAAUUGUAUGUAAGUAGCUGUGGCUGUCUGAACUUUGUGGAUUGUUAACACUCGCAAAUACUGAGCUCCUGUACAUACCUGCAGUUCAAGCAGAAGGAAUUAUUUUAUGUUUUAGCAUGUAAUUUAUGUAUUGUAUGUCUGAAUAGGAACAUAAAAAUAAAGAGCACUAAAUUAUCAGAAA